AUGCCGAAGGUCCGCGGCGAGGAGGGCAUCGGGGUGUACCUCCGCAUCCGACCGCCGCCGACAUCACAGCAGAGUCGCCUGCUCGCCACCGGCGGCGGCACUGCAGAGACCGCUAGCUCAUUCGAGUCCACGCGCGGAGCCGGCCAGCCCCCGCGUAGCUUUCAGUACGAUGUGGAAGAGAGCUUUGAAAAGUCAGUCUUGCACCUGCACACCGCGCAGAGACUCGUGCAGGAGGCGCAGCGGGCGACGGCAGGUCCAUCACCGCCGCUGUCGUACUCAGCCUCUGCGGGCAGCCCACGCGGUGGUGGUGGCGGCGGCAUCAAAAACACCGCUGUUGUUGACGACGUCGUGAACAACACCGUCGUUGAUUUUCAGUACCGCUUUAACCGCGUGUUCAGGCCGAACGCAACGCAGGAGGACGUCUUCACCACUGUUGCGAAGGGGUGUGUGGAGUCGGUGCUGGAUGGCCUGAACAGCACCGUCUUUGCCUACGGCCAGACAGGCAGCGGCAAGACGUACAGCAUCACGGGCGGAACAGCGAGCUACCAAGAGCGUGGCCUCAUCCCACGCGCACUGGCCAUGAUCUACGAGGAAGUGGCACGGCAGCGCGAGGGCGGCGGUGGUCGACGCCGGCGCAGCAGCAGCAGCAGCACCGAGGCCACAGGCGAGGACGAUACCGGUGGGGGAGGCUCCACGACGUACACCAUCACCAUGUCGUACCUUCAGAUCUACAACGACAAGGGGCAAGACCUGCUCAAUCAUGGCAGCGACGCUCGCACGCUGGAGGAGCUGCCGGCUGUCACGAUACACGAAAUGGAGGACGACAUUGUGCUCAAGGGACUCGAGCAGCACAGCGCCCCGACGCUUGCGGACGCCCUGAACCUUCUGUUCCUCGGCGACACAAACCGUCUGUACUGCGAGACGCCAAUGAACAAGACGUCGUCGCGCUCGCACUGCAUCUUCACGAUUUACCUCGAGGCCCGCACCACCCUUUCCUCCGUCGUGCGUCGCUCCAAGCUGAACCUCGUCGAUCUCGCCGGUAGCGAGCGCGUAAGCAAGACGGGUGUGUCGGGCACGAUCUUGAUGGAGGCGAAACAUAUCAACCUCUCUCUCCACUUCCUCGAGCAAGUCAUCGUGGCACUCAGCGAGAAGGCGAAGGGGGUACGCGAUCACGUGCCGUACCGCAACUCGUUUCUCACGAUGGCGCUGCGCGACAGCCUUGGUCGUAACUGCAAGACAGUCAUGCUCGCCACAGUGCACGUCGUCGUCUCGCAGGUGGCGGAGACGAUCAGCACAUGUCAAUUUGCACAGCGUGUGGCAAUGAUUCAGCAGGCACCGCAGGUGAACUUGGAGACGGACCCGGUGUUGCUCGUGCGCAAGCUGCGCGUAGAGGUCGCACAGCUGAAGGACGAGGUCGCCUACCUCCGCGCGCACGGCGGCGGCGGUGGUGGUGCAACAUUACUUGCGGCUGACCGCACGUUGACAGCAGAUGAGAAGAACGUAUGCCGCGGCAUGGUAGAGGCGUACAUCCAGAAGGCUGCCGUGGACGGCGACUGGUGCUCCCGCCUCACCGGCUUUGAUGGAGACAUGGCUCGCAUGUAUUACUGUUAUGAGGUUCUGCGUGAGCGUCUCGUGCGCGGCGGCGGUGGCGUACGCCAGGAUACACAGCAGGAGCAGCGGCUGGCAGCGAGCGAAGAGCAGGUGACGGCACUUCGGCACAGUCUACAGCUCAAAGAAAACGAGCUGCAGAUGCUGUUGACGGUGCUCAAGAAGGCAGGAGGCACUGGCGCAAUGGGCAGUGUUGGCGCGGCUGGUGGCGAGGUAGGCCUCGGUGCUGCCGGUGUGCGGUACAACGCGGCUGCACAGACACCGCACAGCAGUGGCGGCAACGGCUCCAUCAGCGAGAACGGAGAGGGGGAGGCCUUGCGGCGUGGCUCAUUCAGUUUCACAGGAUUACGAAGCAGCUCCGCAAGUCGAUGCGCGAAUGCCAGCGAAACACAGAACGACGAGCAGCAGCAGCAGCUGGAGGUCUCACUGAGGCAGAGCAUCUACCGCGACGCGCAGAAGCUAGCUGCUCAGCUGCGCUGGUCAAGUGGGGCAGCACGUACACAAGCCACGACGACUGCAGCGCCGCCGCACACGGAGAGGACAGUCGAGGCGGCCCUGACUCGUGUCACCACCCUUGCGCAAGAAGGCCAAUUCACAGCGGCCGAGGUUGCAGCCACCACCGAGUUCCUUGAGAGCAAGCGUGAGUACCAGCGGCACGUCGAAAGCUCGCACGAGCCCCACGAAGGAGACAACAACAACGAGGGCGGCAGCGGCAGCAGUGGUGGCGACGGUGACAACGGUCGUACGGUGGUGGACGUGCUGAUGGACGAGCAGCUUCUGCAGAACCGCGCGCAGGCGCUCGAGGCUUUCAAGGCGUCCUACGAAGCUCAGCACAAGGUGGAGGAGACGAAGCAGCUGCUCCGUCCCAAGUACGCAGCCUGCAAAUCCACGGCGCAGCAGCUCAACGCCUGUGUAGAUGCCAUCAAACAGCUGAAGACCAAGAUCCAGCGCCGGCGAGCUGAGCGAGCGGCGGACGGCAGCAAUGUCGUGGACGCCGAGGAAGCCGCGUGGCUGGCGGAGCUGAGCUCGACCAAGGAGCGCUACAAUGUACACGCCGUGCAACUGCGGCACGACAAGGAAGAAAUCGACGGCAUGCACGCCUACCUCAAGCACUCACAGGAGCAGCUGGCGUGCGACUUUGAGCGUUGGUUCAGCGCACGGCAGCAGCAGGUGCAGUUGGCGCUGCAGCAGCAACAGCGGCACGCGCAGUGCCAGCAUGAGCAGGAAAAACGAAUGGAGCUAACGGAUGGCUUGCGAGCGGUGCUCGGAGCAUCACCAGUCAACGCCCCAUCGUCCGAGAAGCCAAACCAGAAGGUGUGUGCCUCGCAGGCACCGUCACCGCAUGGCGGCACCAGCGACACGGCAAGCACAAUCAGUAGUAUCCAAGGUGGUAGCAGCCUGACCUUUUCACCACUGCUCUCCGCCGCUCAGCCACAGCGCUCCUAUGCGUUCUCGGCCAGCAACACCAUGAGUACUGUGCCGCUCCCGCCCAACGCGAAUGGCAAUGGUGGGCUUCCAGCAGCGUCGUCGUCAUCCGCUAUGCAAACGCUUGUGCGGGGUGAGCGCCGCCUCGCAUCGCUGCCGAUGACCUUGAGCGAUGGGCAGCUGCGCCCUGCGGACGUGGCCUCAGCACGCUUAUCGCCGCCGCCUACGGUGCAGCGAGAUGGCGUCAGUGCAACUCCACCGUCUGCCCCGCUAGGGUUCGCGGGGCCAGCGCGGAACACCUGGGCAACCGCGUUGACCAUGGGUGGCGGUGCAGCAACCACGCCGAGUCCGACGCGACCGUUUCAUCUCCUGCCGAUCGACGACGCCUCUGCCACCAGCCACACGGCCCCGUCUGUCGCCCUUGCCAACGGCACCGCCUUUACCCUCACUACCACUGCCGAUAAGAAGCCGAGCAACCCGUACUUUCCGCAGUUUCCGUCUACCGGCAACGCCGCCGCGGAUGCUCAGCUGGCGGAGCUCUACAAGGCGAGAGAGGCAAUGCGCAAGCAGUUCCAGUGA